CUCUCCAAGUCUCGCUCUCCCCUAGUCACGGCUGCUGAUCGGGGAGUUCCCCCGCCCCGACCGGAAGAGGAAAGAGAUCUGUUUCCGCUUCCGUUUCCAGCGUCGCUCCCGCCCGUUGUGGACUGAUCUGCGAGAGAGCAGUUGCAGGCAUUUUCCCGUCACCAUGUCUGAAGGCUGGAGAGACUGGCCCAUUCUGGGCCCCGGCUGGAUGCGGCGGACGGUCACCCGUAAAUCGGGAGCAUCGUGUGGUCAGUCGGACACGUACUAUCAGAGCCCCACCGGGAAACGCUUCCGAAGCAAGACUGAAAUGUGGAAGUUCUUAGGGGAUUCUGUUGACCUGUCUAUGUUUGACUUUAAGAACGGUACCGUAAUACCACUUGAGAAGCGGAGGACUCCUAAGAAGCCUUGCUUAGCCCCCAAACCUGCGGCUGAAUCCCAAGCCAAAAAGCUAAAUUUGUCCUUUCCACUUACUCCUACCCAACUGCCGGAAAAUAAUGUGGAAAAAGAGUCUGUGCCCAUCUGCUGCACUGGUUGUAACGUCUGGUUUACUGGAGUUGAGUUUGGUAAAUCAAAGCAAACUGUGUGGUACUGUUCUGACUGCAGAGCUUCCAGAAGAGCUUUCAACAAACAACAGAAGCUUUUAAAGAACACCGGCUGCGGGAUGUGCUCCGCCUGCAGGUUGUCUGAGAACUGUGGACACUGCACAGUGUGUCUCCUCCGCACUCACAACCCAGAAUUCGGCAGCUCCUGGAAGUGUGUGAAAAGGCGAUGCCUGCAAGUAAUACGCAAGGGCACGGAUUGCGGAAAGUGCCAGGGGUGCAGCACGACGGAGGAUUGCGAGGACUGCGCUGUGUGCGUGACGAGGCAGCAGAACCCCAGCCAGCAGGUCACAGAGAAGUGUCUGAAGCGCAGGUGUCUAAAUAAGAAGCCGGAGGUCCAGUCGUCACAGAAAAAAGGCUUUGUUAAAAAGAAAGGGAACAUAAAAUGGAAACCAUUGUCUGAGCGAGAUUCCAGCUCGUUUCCACCCAAACAUAAGAAAAAAGCCUAUUUUAAAAAAGUGAAGCCAAUAAUUGAGAAGAAAAGAACACAGCAACUGGCAGGCCGCCGCAAGAACCGGAAAUGUGGCGCGUGUGAGGCCUGCCUACAGAAGUUGGACUGUGGCGAGUGUGACUUCUGCCAGGACAAACCCAAAUUCGGUGGCCGUAACCUAAAACGGCAGAAGUGCCGCUGGCGUCAGUGCCUACGUUUCGCCGUGGAGAAGAACAUCCCAUUAUACCUGAAGUCCAGCAAUCACCCCGUGCUGCUGGAGCGGAUAAAGAAAGAAGCAGCGGAGAACAUGGAAGCACUGAGGCAAGAUGAGGAAAUGCAGUCGCACCGCAAUGUACAAGCCUUUAAAUUGGAAUUGAUGGAGCAGCAAAAUGGCGGAUAUGAGUCUUCAGAUGAAACCUAUGGUCGCUGGGCUGCAGAACGCGUGGAUCCCAUAGUGAUAAAACAGGAGAUCAUAGAGUGUCAAAUUGAUGACGGACAAGACUGCUCUGUGGAUCUCCAGUACUCCGUGAAUACUGACGAGUUUAUCACGGAGGAUGAUGAUGUGGAGGAGGCUGACGAGAGCACUCCAGUGAUCAUGGAGAUUUUCAGCCUGGGGUCGUACAACACCGUAAAUGGCCUCGACCAGGUUCUGCAAGAAUUCAUGGCGGAGCUGCACGAGAUUCCACUGCCAGCUCACUGGGAAGUAUUGUCUCACACCGGCCCUAACUUGCAGUUAGUUCAGAGGUCCACCCUCUCUACCAUGGCAGAGACGGUCAUUCACAUCCAACCCCGACUGCAGUUUUUUAUUGUAGUAAGAGACUACACUGUCCCUUCCUUGCAUGAACUCUACAGUAAGCACCCAAGUCGGCUCACUACCGUCGACGAAGUCGUGGAGCUAAUCUGCGACCUGGAAGCGUAUCGGCCUUGCGCCAGUCUUCCCAAAGAAGGACCUCGUUCUCCAAACUGUCGCGUCCUGGUGUAUGAGGGGCGGUGCCCAGAAUGCUGCACAAACCCCUGGCCGUCAGGCAGUGACCUCUAAAGGUGGGGCAACGGGUUAGCCAGCGCUCAGGGACAUAAAGGACUGCUCGUCAGACUUUUAAACAGUGAAGUGGUUGGAUUGUGCGCCUGGGAGUAGGGAACGUUGGAGACCUUCACCUGUAAAGAACCCGUGUAUUAAGUAGCAGUUGCCCAGCAUUGUGGAUUGUUAAACCCCCCCCCCCCCCUUACCACCACAGCAUACUGCGAUGUUGCACCACAAUGAAGUCUUUGCAUAGGGAGAAGGUAUCCAGAGAAGAGAAAUGGGUGUAACCCAACAGGUAACCCAGUAGGUAGUUUUGGGUUCUUGAUGCUAAAUGAAAUGCAGAAUUAGAGGAAAGCAGAAUUGUGCUAGUGAACAGUCAGUAGGGAUCUCUAACCAGACCUAGGAGAAAAUGCGAUGUCCAUCCCAGUAUCCGUAACGUGGACCAAAUAAAAGCCAUGGCUCUCUCAUGAUUGGAACGCUAAGGGCGUAUUGGCUGCAGGGGGAAGCUAGACUGUGUAGGGAGAACCUGGAUUUGUGCUAGGAGCCUAGUGAAAGAGACGUCGCUAAAAUAUUCAGGUAUUGCGAGCUGUGCCCCAAAGUGCGCGUUUUGGGAGGGGCGUUAUCGUACCGGUGAUACGAGCAGAGAAAUGAUAGCAUAAUAAAUAUUCAAGAUAGUCUAUUUGAACAGCUUUAGGUUACAGAUGAUUUUUUUUAUUUUAUUUUCUACACUGGAUGAAACUGAGGCUGGACCACAGGUAUAAAGUUAUUCAGAUCUACAGAGUUCUUAUCAGGAAUCCCGAUCAGGUUGUGGUUUUCGUUGCUUAUUUUGUGUUUAUUAAGGUUAUGGUGGUCACUGGACGCAUGUAAAGAUCUAUUUUAAACUAACGUAUUACUCUAGUCUUCCUGUCAGCCUGUGCAGGGCUGAACAUCUCUCUCUCGUGUGCCUGCGUGCUGAGCGGAAGAUGUCUCUUCUCCCGUUAGCUCUCAUCAGAAAGCUGCUGCUUUUUAAAUAAAGAAGAAUAACCUUUAUAUUUGUUAUACUGUACAGAACUGUCUGGUUUAUGCAUCACGCCGACCCUCGAGCUCCCACGAAAGCUGUAUAGUAGCUGUGAAAAUGGCUGUCGGGAGUGGCCUUCGGACCACCUGGUCCUUUGCGCUACAUCAAACUAUUUCUUUAGGUUACAGAAAACAUGAAAUUUUUGUUUUUGGGGUUCAGAUAAAUAUUACUAUAAGACUGUCUCUAUUUUGGUUUUGUUCGUUUUUGUUUUUUUUUUUGUUUGCUAAAUAUCAACUCAAAACUCUACAUUAUUUUGUGCAUCAAUAUCCACUAUUAACUACUCUGGUUAUCAGGAAGUGUCAUAUAUACGAUGAAAGGCUGAGCAAAACUCUCACCCCGACAGGCUCCAAUCUUGGGGUGUGUUUGACUCUCAUGAGUUCCAAGUCUUAUCUGCUGAACCUAGAAACCGCAUCGUCCUACCUGAUGCAUUAACUUAUUUAAAAAUGUUUUCCAUCGUUGAGCGCCUUGCGGGGUCCACUCACAAGUGCGCACGGCUGUCGAGAUAAUCAGCGUUGCUUGCUAGCAUACCCUAGUGUUUAAUGUGAACGCAGCAGUGAAUUUAAGCACCCCAAGUUUAAAGCCGUCGUAUUUUGGUUUUUGGUCAGCCAUAUAAAUGAGUUCUAUAACUGGUUCACUCCUCUAUGGAGGUACUUGUUUCUUUAAUAAAUUUUAUUUUGUUUAUACGAAAA